AGGAGGAAGGCUUCGGCUGUGAUGCCGCUGGAUGAUGGCUGCCUUCGGUAUCUUAAGUUACGAACACCGGCCAUUAAAGCGGCCCCGGCUCGGCCCUCCGGACGUUUAUCCCCAAGAUCCAAAGCAGAAAGAGGAUGAGUUGACUGCACUCAAUGUGAAGCAAGGAUUCAACAAUCAGCCGGCUGUCUCUGGUGAUGAACAUGGCAGUGCCAAAAAUGUCAACUUCAACCCUUCAAAGAUUAGUUCAAACUUCAGUAGCAUCAUUGCAGAGAAGCUGCGCUACAACACGUUUCCAGAUACGGGGAAACGUAAACCACAGGUCAACCAGAAGGAUAAUUUCUGGCUUGUCACGGCAAGGUCACAGAGCUCCAUCAAUAACUGGUUCACCGAUUUAGCUGGAACUAAACCUCUCACGCAGCUGGCUAAAAAGGUGCCCAUCUUCAGCAAAAAGGAGGAGGUGUUUGGAUAUCUGGCCAAGUACUCGGUUCCUGUCAUGCGAUCAGCAUGGAUGAUCAAGAUGACCUGUGCUUAUCACGCAGCCAUCACAGAAACUAAAGUGAAGAAGAGGCAUGUUAUUGAUCCCUGCAUAGAAUGGACGCAGAUCAUCACGAAGUACCUCUGGGAGCAGCUUCAGAAGGUGGCUGAGUUUUACAGGCAGUUUCCCAGCCAAGGCUGCAGCUCGCCUCUCCCGGCCACACCAGCUGACGUGGAGAUGGCGAUGAAGCAGUGGGAGUACAACGAGAAGCUGGCCAUGUUCAUGUUUCAGGAUGGAAUGUUAGACAGACAUGAGUUCCUGACGUGGGUGCUGGAGUGUUUUGAGAAGGUCCGGCCCGGCGAAGACGAACUUCUCAGACUCCUCCUGCCCCUUUUGCUACAGUACUCAGGGGAAUUUGUACAGUCGGCUUACUUGUCACGACGGCUGGCUUAUUUCUGCACACGCCGCCUCAACCUGUUGCUAAGUGACGGGAGCCUGGGCCCCGGCGCAGGGGGGCAUCCAGCCCAUGGCAUAUUGACACAGCAAGGCAACGCGCUGCCCCCGACCCCCACCUCUCAGCCGGCGGGAGGAAACCAGCCGCAGACACCUUUCACAGAUUUUUACAUCUGCCCGCAGCACCGGCCCCUGGUGUUCGGCCUCAGCUGCAUGCUACAGAGCAUCGUAUUGUGCUGCCCCAGUGCUCUGGUGUGGCAUUACUCCCUGACAGACAGCAGAAACAAGACGGGCUCGCCUCUGGACCUGCUGCCCCUCGCCCCCUCCAGCCUGCCGAUGCCAGGAGGCAACACCGCCUUCACACAGCAGGUCCGUUCAAAGUUGCGAGAAAUCGAGGAGCAAGUCAAGGAGCGAGGCCAGGCGGUUGAGUUCAGGUGGUCGUUUGAUAAAUGCCAGGAAACCACAGCAGGCUUCACCAUCGGGAGGGUCCUUCACACGUUGGAGGUCUUGGACAACCACAGCUUUGAGAAGUCCGAUUUUAACAACUCACUGGAUUCGCUCUACAACAGGAUAUUCGGCUCAGGCCAAAGUAAAGAUGGUCAUGAGAUGUCACCUGACGACGACGCCGUGGUGACCUUGCUUUGUGAAUGGGCCGUGUGCUGCAAACGCUCCGGCAGGCACCGGGCCAUGGUGGUGGCCAAGCUGCUGGAGAAGAGACAGGCUGAAAUAGAGGCAGAGAGGUGUGGUGAGUCGGAGGUGGUGGAUGAGAAGGGCUCUGUGUCAUCCGGCUCCCUCUCAGCUGCCACACUGCCAGUCUUUCAGGAUGUGCUGCUGCAGUUUCUCGAUACCCAGGCCCCCACACUCACGGAGCCGGGAAAUGAAAGCGAGCGAGUGGAGUUCUCAAACCUGGUUCUCCUCUUCUGCGAGCUCAUCCGUCACGACGUCUUCUCCCACAACAUCUACAUGUGCACGCUGAUUUCCCGGGGUGACCUGGCCUCUGACUCCCACCUGCCACGCCCACGCUCCCCCAGCGACGAGCCGUCGGAUGAAUCAGAGCGCAAAGAGCAGGAGGCGGGCAGCAGCAUCAAGAUGGAGGACACCGGACUGUCGGAGUCCAUGGAAAUUGAUCAGAACUCCAGUGCUAAUUUUGACGAGAUGUUCUCACCCCCGAUGCACUGCGAGUCCAAGGGGAGCCCCUCCCCUGAGAAGCCCACCCCAGAGCAGGACAGCAAGGCCGGCUGUAAGGACAAGGGGAUGGACCCGGCCUUCCCCCAGCUGUACGAGCAGCCGCGCCACAUUCAGUAUGCCACUCACUUCCCCAUUCCUCAGGAGGAAAGCGCAAGUCACGAGUGCAACCAGCGUCUUGUUGUCCUCUACGGCGUUGGCAAGCUGAGGGACGAGGCACGCCACACCAUCAAGAAGAUUACCAAAGACAUCUUGAAGGUGCUCAACCGCAAAAGCACAGCAGAAACAGGCGGGGAGGAAGGACAGAAGAGGAAGAGGAGUAAGCCCGAGGCCUUUCCCACCGCAGAAGAUAUCUUCUCCAAAUUCCAACACCUCUCACAUUUUGAUCAGCACCAGGUCACCUCACAGGUGUCCAGAAAUGUGCUGGAACAGAUCACCAGCUUUGCCUUAGGGAUGUCGUACCACCUGCCUCUCGUCCAGCACAUCCAGUUCAUCUUCGACCUCAUGGAGUAUUCCCUCAACAUCAGUGGCCUCAUAGACUUUGCGAUCCAACUUCUGAAUGAGCUGAGUCUGGUGGAAGCGGAGCUGCUGCUGAAGUCGUCCAGCCUGGUGGGCAGCUACACCACCAGCCUGUGUCUCUGCAUCGUGGCCGUGCUGAGGAGAUACCACUCCUGCCUCAUCCUCAAUCCUGAGCAGACGGCUCAAGUGUUUGACGGAUUGCGCAUUGUGGUGAAGUCCGGCGUGAACCCUGCAGACUGCUCCUCCGCCGAGCGCUGCAUCCUGGCCUACCUGUACGACCUGUACACAUCCUGCAGCCACCUCAAGAACAAGUUUGGUGAGAUCUUCAGCGAGUUCUGCUCUAAAGUGAAAAACUCCAUCUACUGCAACAUCGACCCGUCCGACUCAAACAUGCUGUGGGAUCCCGUCUUCAUGAUGGAGGCCAUCGCCAAUCCCUCAGCCCACAACUUCAACCACUCCAUGGUGGGCAAAAUCCUCAACGACAGCCCGGCCAACCGCUACAGCUUCGUGUGCAACGUGCUCAUGGACGUGUGUGUGGACCACCGAGACCCCGAGAGGGUGAACGACAUUGGGAUCCUGUGCGCGGAGCUGACGGCGUACUGUCGCUCCCUGAGCGCCGAGUGGCUCGGAAUCCUCAAGGCCCUCUGCUGCUCCUCCAACAACGGCAACUGCGGCUUCAAUGACUUGCUGUGUAACGUGGAUGUUAGCGAUCUGUCCUUCCACGAUUCCCUGGCAACCUUUGUAGCCAUCCUCAUUGCUCGGCAGUGCUUGUUACUGGAAGAUCUGGUUCGCUGUGUGGCCAUCCCGUCACUCCUCAAUGCAGCCUGCAGCGAACAAGACUCUGAGCCGGGAGCGAGGCUCACCUGCAGGAUUCUGCUACACCUUUUCAAGACGCCACAGCGCAACCCGGUCCCCCAGGACGGAGUGAAGUCAGACAAAUCCUCAGUUGGUAUCCGGUCGUCUUGUGAUCGCCACCUCCUCGCAGCGUCCCAGAACAGCAUUGUAGUUGGAGCAGUAUUUGCUGUCCUCAAAGCUGUUUUCAUGCUGGGUGAUGCAGAGCUGAGAGGCUCAGGACUGUCUCACCCUGCCGGCCUCGAUGACAUAUCUGAAGGACGCAAUGUCUCCAUCGAGACAGCCAGCCUGGAUGUGUAUGCCAAGUAUGUUCUGAAGACGAUCUGCCAGCAGGAGUGGGUUGGCGAACGCUGCCUGAAAUCUCUGUCUGAGGACAGCAGUGCCCUGCAGGACCCUGUGCUGGUGAACAUUCAGGCCCAGCGGCUUCUGCAGCUUAUUUGUUAUCCGCACCGCCAGCUGGACAGCGACGACGGCGACAACCCUCAGAGGCAGCGCAUCAAACGCAUCCUUCAGAAUAUGGACCAAUGGACAAUGAGGCAGUCGUCUCUGGAGCUGCAGCUGAUGAUCAAACAGAGCACAAACAAUGAGCUCUAUGCUCUCUUGGAAAACAUAGCGAAAGCCACGAUUGAAGUGUUUCAGAAAUCAGCUGAGAUGAACUCCAAUAACCCCUCAGGGAAUGGAGCCACAGUCCAGGGCGGCUCCGCCUCCAACAACAGCAGCACCACAAGCAAGAUGAAACCUAUCUUAAGCUCAUCGGAGCGAUCAGGCGUUUGGCUCGUGGCUCCGUUAAUCGCCAAGCUGCCCACUUCAGUUCAGGGCCACGUGCUGAAGGCUGCCGGAGAGGAGCUGGAGAAGGGACAGCACCUCGGCUCCUCUUCACGUAAAGAGAGAGACAGACAGAAACAGAAAAGCAUGUCGCUGCUGAGCCAGCAGCCGUUCCUGUCGCUGGUACUGACCUGCUUGAAGGGGCAGGAUGAGCAGAGGGAGGGUCUCCUCACCUCCCUGUACAGCCAGGUGCAGCAGAUCGUCACCAACUGGAGAGAAGACCAGUACCAGGAUGACUGCAAGGCCAAGCAGAUGAUGCACGAGGCUCUGAAGCUACGACUCAAUCUUGUUGGUGGCAUGUUUGACACGGUGCAGCGCAGCACCCAGCAGACCACCGAGUGGGCGGUCCUGCUCCUGGACAUAAUCAGCAGCGGCACCGUGGACAUGCAGUCCAAUAAUGAGCUCUUCACCACAGUGCUGGACAUGCUGAGCGUGCUGAUUAACGGCACGCUGGCCGCCGACAUGUCCAGCAUCUCUCAGGGCAGCAUGGAGGAGAACAAGAGAGCCUACAUGAACCUGGUCAAGAAGCUCAGGAAAGAGCUUGGAGAUCGGCAGUCAGAAAGUCUGGAGAAGGUUCGCCAGCUUCUGCCGCUGCCGAAGCAAACCCGAGACGUGAUCACGUGUGAACCUCAGGGGUCACUGAUCGACACGAAGGGCAACAAGAUCGCCGGCUUUGAGAAAGAGGGUCUUCAAGUGUCAACCAAGCAGAAGAUUUCUCCGUGGGACGUCUUUGAGGGUCUGAAGCACUCGGCGCCGCUCUCCUGGGGCUGGUUCGGAACGGUACGCGUGGACCGCAAAGUCACCAAGUUUGAGGAGCAGCAGCGUUUCCUGCUGUACCACACCCACCUGAAGCCCAAACCGCGUAGCUAUUACCUGGAGCCCCUCCCGCUGCCCCCCGAGGAAGAGGAGCCCCUGACCCCCAUCUCCCAGGAGCCGGAGAAGAUAAAGGAGGCCGUGAAGCCCGAGAAGAAUGUUCCCGCCGUGCCCUCGGACACAAACAAGAAGAAGCCCAGCAAGAAAAAGAAAAAUCAGACCAAGUCAGAGGAAUAUCGACCACCCAGCGGUGUGAGCUACGUGCCUAACAUGCCUCCAGAUCCGAUGCAAAACCACCCAUACGGCAGGCUACCAUACAGCCAGCAGCCCAUCGGCAUGUACACACAGAACCAGCCUCUACCUCCAGGAGGUCCAGGAUUAGAACCUCCGUACAGGCCUACCCGCAACCCACAGAUGGCCAAAAUGAUGACCACUCGACCCAGCUAUCCCGGCAUGAUGCCCGGCAUGCAGGGAAACAUGCCCGGCAUGAUGGGACUGGACAAGCAAUACAUGGGUUACAAACCCCCGCCCAGCAUGCCGCAGGGCCAGAUGCUGCGACAGCAGUUACAGGUCAGACUGAAUCAGAGCAUAAUGGGGCAGCAGAUCAGACAGAUAACGCCCAACCCACCAUACACAUCAAUGCAGGCCUCCCAGAACAUAUCUCAGGGCUAUACCCCAUACGGCGGAUCACACCUGAGCUUGCAGCAGCACCCGUCCCAAAGUGGUGGUAUAGUUCCCUCCUCCUACGGGAACCAGAACUUCCAGGGCUCCCACCCUGGAGCCAACCCGGCUGUGGUGGACCCCCUCAGGCAGAUGCAGCAGAGGCCCAGCGGUUACAUUCACCAGCAGGCUCCAGGCUACGCACACAAUAUGCAGAACACGCAGAGGUUUGCCCACCAGCCCCUCCAGCAGAAUCCGAUCAUGCACGGCCUCAGUCACAUGGCCGGCCAGGGCGUCCAUCCAGGCCUGAGGCCCAAUCAGAUGCUGGCAGAGCAACAGCAGCAGCAGCAGCAGCAGCAACAACAGCAGCAGCAGCAACAGCAGGCAGCACAGCAGCAGCAGUACCUCAGACAACAUGCACUCAGACAGCAGCAGCAGCAGCAGCAGCAGCAGCAGGCCCAGCAAGUUCCUCAACAGCAGCAGCAACAGCAGCAGCCGGUCCAGCCGCAGCAGGUUCCCCCUCAGCAGCAGGUUCCACAGCAGCAGCAGCAACAGCAGCAGGUGUCAGCGGUGCCGCCUCCAGGCCAGGCGCAGAACCAGGGGCUCGGCAUGCAGCCGCUGCCCCCUCAGCAGCCUCUGUUCCCACGACAGGGGAUGCAGCAGACUCAACAGCAGCAGCAGACUGCAGCUCUGGUCAGACAGCUCCAACAACAACUUUCAAAUACACAACCAGGACAGGGCACCAACUCAUAUUACUAAUUGUUGAUCACGCCGUGCAGAGAACGGGCCAUUAUUAAGGGGGAGGCUCAGCUCUGUCUGUUGGAUUGAAAGAAUGUGUCCAGUCCUGUGAAAGCAGUUAAAUGGGAAGACUGUUUCUCCGGCUCCGAGGACCACCAAACAUCAACGUCAGUUGUUGUAAUUACGGAUUAUCAAAGGAGGGAUCCGGAUCUGAAGUAGAAAAAUAAUGGUUAAUGGUGGAGAAGUUUAUGUACAAAAUACCACAAAUUAUAAGAAUAAUGCAAUUUUUUAUUUUAUUUCAAUUUGUACAAUUUUUUCAGUUUCGUGUAUUUCUCAUUAAAAAAAAAGUCAUGUCA